GCACUCCAGCCUGGGCGACAGAGCGAGACUCCGUCUCAAAAAACAAAAAACUAAACAAAACAAAACAAAAAAAGAAUAUUAUCUUAAUUCUCAUCAUUAGCUUAGUUUGAUGGACUAUUUGCUUUAUUUAACGGACCAUUUGCUCAUCUGCUCUAUUUUGCUCACAAGGCACAAAAUAUCAGAAGCAACAAUAUUUUGAAGUGUGCUUUCUUUCCUUCGGUUCAAAUAACAAGAGUUAACCUGAGAGAGAGAAAGAAAAAGUAGGAAAUUUAGAAUUUGAAACCAAAGGGAAGGGACUGAUAUUUAACUUACCACAGUUUCUCCAACAUGUAUGCGAUAACAAAAAUAUCUUAUAUUUGAAGACCUCAUUUUUAAGCCCUAAUCUUUGAUAUUAUUUUUAUAACUCGAGUGCCGUGACACCAUCCCUGGGGCAACACGGUAGUGGGGAAAUGGAGAUAUGCGAUAUGCGUCAGACAUGAAGGGUAAGGGAAGAAUGCCGUCAACUCACAGGCACUGCUUGGGUGACAAAGGGUGGCAAGCGCGAGGACAUCCGCAGGCAGCCAAAGGAGCAAGGACUUCCGUGAAGCAGCCGAAGCGCGGGCGCGGGGACUUCCGGGAGGCAGCUUGAGGCGCGUGUGGAAGCGCUUCCGGGCGGUAGCACGCUGUGUUGGCGGCGGCUCACCGCUCGCCUCAGCUGCAGCAGCGGGAAGCUCGGUGGCAAGCCCUUGUAGUCCUGUGCAAUGGCGUCUCGAUAUGACAGGGCGAUCACUGUCUUCUCCCCAGACGGACACCUUUUUCAAGUUGAAUAUGCCCAGGAAGCGGUGAAGAAAGGAUCCACCGCGGUCGGAAUUCGAGGUACCAAUAUAGUUGUUCUUGGGGUAGAAAAAAAAUCUGUUGCCAAGCUUCAAGAUGAAAGAACUGUGAGGAAAAUUUGUGCCCUUGAUGACCAUGUCUGCAUGGCUUUUGCAGGACUUACUGCUGAUGCUAGAGUAGUAAUAAACAGAGCCCGUGUGGAGUGCCAGAGCCAUAAGCUUACGGUUGAGGACCCAGUCACUGUAGAAUACAUAACUCGCUUCAUAGCAACUUUAAAGCAGAAAUAUACCCAAAGCAACGGACGAAGACCUUUUGGUAUUUCUGCCUUAAUUGUAGGUUUUGAUGAUGAUGGUAUCUCAAGAUUGUAUCAGACAGAUCCUUCUGGUACUUAUCAUGCUUGGAAGGCAAAUGCAAUAGGCCGAAAUGCUAAAACUGUUCGAGAAUUUCUAGAAAAGAAUUACACAGAAGAUGCCAUAGCAAGUGACAGUGAAGCUAUCAAGUUAGCAAUAAAAGCUUUGCUAGAAGUUGUCCAGUCUGGUGGAAAAAACAUUGAACUUGCUAUAAUAAGAAGAAAUCAACCUUUGAAGAUGUUUAGUGCAAAAGAAGUUGAAUUAUAUGUAACUGAAAUAGAAAAGGAAAAGGAAGAAGCAGAGAAGAAAAAAUCAAAGAAAUCUGUCUAAUUCUUAGGAUGACCACUGGGAGGUCUUAAUGUUUUGUUUUAUUGUACUGCCUGAGGUUGUUUAGUGAAAUUUUAGAGGAAAACAGUUAUUUUGCAGCAUUACAUGCAGUACUUGUGUGAUGUUUUGAGAAUGCCAGAUCUGUGGCUGUCUUCAUUCUAUUACAUAGUCAAACAUAGGUUUAUGUGAAGAUUUUCUUUGAAAGGGGAUUUCAGUAAUUGUUGAGAGCAGUCAUAAUUCCACAUAAGCCUGAGACUCUAUAAUUUGUCCAGUGUCUUACUUACCUUCAUAUAUGCAAAUAUAAUUUUAAAAAACUGUUUAAUUAAAAAAAUUUAAUAAUUUGGUGAUGUUUGAAUAUUGACUGUCAGUUAAGGACAUAGCUAUUCCAAAUAGACUAAAUAUAAUAUUGAGCUGCAUUUCUCAAAGAAUGACAAAAGCAUCCUUAUACUGAUGAGUUCUUAAAAUUUUGUCAGAGCCUUCUUCAUUUUACAGUAUUUCGUUAUUUUUAUUUUACCUUUUUCAUUUUACAAGUUGCAGUAUAUUGUUUCGUUCAUGGAACAAAUAUAGGCUGAAUUCAAACAGGCAAUUAAAGCAUGGGAAGAGCUUCUAAGGGCAUCUUAACAGGAUGCUACAUGAAAAUAAGGAAAGAAAUUAAUACAUAUCACUUUUAGUUUAGAUUUUUAUUUUAUCUCAAGUAUGUCCAGUGUGUUCGGUUUGUUACAUAUUCCAUGAAAUAUCUGAGUGUGUAUUUUAUGAUUGGUAUUAUGGAAGGCUUAUUGGGGGAACAAGAAAAAUAUAAAAAGUGAUCUCUGCCCACGGAAAGGAUUUAAUCCAAAUGGUCCACAAGAGGAAUGUGCUUAAUUCCUACAGUGAGUUUAUAUUUUUGAAAAUAAAAGCUAGUAAAUAUU